UUGGUAUCAUUGCGUAAGCACUGAUCUUGGAUCUGCACGUCGUACUUUAACGUAUUAUGCCGAAAUGAAUUGUGAGAAACAAGCGAUUGGAUUUAAUUUAACAAUAAUAUCAUUAGAUUUAAAGUAAUAUAUUAUUGGUGUAAAUAAUGUGAGCGUAUUAUUGAUCAAAAGGAAGAACAAUCAUUCAGUGACAUAUAAUACAUUCAUAAUAAUAAAAAAAAAUUCACAUAGAGUGAAGGUAUAAUAACUGUUGCAAGAGGAUUUUGGAAAGAUGAUGGACAUAGAACGAAUAGUCAUGUUUGCUGGUGUGGGUCUAGCAGUAGCAGUUGGAGUAUUUAUAUUAUGGGGUCCAUCUCCUAAACCAAGAAGAAGAGGUAAAGUUGUCGGCAUCAGUAAUCUAGGGUACACGUGCUUUUUAAAUUCCUUGUUACAAGCACUGGCUGCUUGUCCAACUUUUAUUACCUGGCUUCAGAAACAACGAGAGAAAAACAACAAGUGCCAGUUUACAACUGCUUUGGUUUCUGUCUUUGAAAAAAUCAAUGGUCACACAGAUGACUUGUAUGGAGAUGUAACAACCAUUGAAAUAAUAACUGCGCUUGGUUCUCAAUGGAGUUUUGCUCCUGGUUAUCAAGAUGCUCACGAAUUGUUUCACAUACUAUUAAAUGCGUUACAGGCAGAAAUUCAAACUGUUAACAGACAAGGUUGUCUAUCGGAUGCAUUACCAAGAAAUUCUGUAGUCGUGAUGGAUCUUAAGAAUUCUGGAGAUCAGAUAGGAUUUAGAAGUGUAUCUUGUAAUGAUAUAGUAUCUGCCGAAAGAAAUCCUAAUUCUAUAAAUGGUUUUGAUUCAAAUUGUAACAAUCAUAUGACAAUAUCGACACCAUCUAUAUCAUCUCAUAUACCUUCUGAAUACAAGCCUGGUAAAAUUUUGGAUAGAUCUUCGGAAAUGUUAUCACAACUUAAAAGAUACGAUACUGAAAAUGAAGAACCCAUAUGGAAUUAUCUUUGUAAAGUAUCAACCUAUUUACCACCUAUUUGGAACGAAGUACAUCCAUUUUCUGGAUUACUGACUAGUCAAUUGCAAUGUAUUAAUUGUAAUUGGAAGACUCCUGUACGCUAUGAUAAACUUGAAAGUAUUUCUUUACCAUUACCUGCUUUUGGUCCAGUACUUCAAUGGAAACAUUUAACUCUAAUAGAAUUAUUUUCACGUUUUGUAAGUAGCGAAGUAGUUCAUGAUGUAGAAUGUGACGGUUGUGCGUCACGUUGUGACGCUGUUAAAACAUUAACUCUUGGAAAAUUACCUAAAUGUUUGUGCAUACAUAUACCGAGAACUACUUGGAGUUCCAGUGGAAGACCGAUUAAGAGAGACGAUGCUAUUCUUUUUUCUGUUACUUUAAUUUUAGAUCCAUUUACUUUUAUAGAAGCAAAGAAGAGACUUGCUAAAGGAGAUGCUCAAGCAAUGUUACUUCUUACAAAUCAACAAUCAACUUAUGGUAAACAUAAGUAUCAACUUCAAGCAGUGGUAGAACAUCGUGGAUCAGUGGAUGCUGGCCAUUUUGUAUGUUACAGACGAGGAACUAAACCUGGCCAAUGGCUUUAUACGUCAGAUUCUACUGUCGAACACAUAUCGUUGACAGACGUCCUUCGUGCCAGUCCUUAUCUUUUAUUUUAUGAAAGAAUUCAUGAAUUGAACCCGUAGUUAGGAACAAAUUAAAUUCGAAAUUGUUAAACAAGA